AAUAAAACAACCGCAUCAGUAAGUGUAUUGUUUUGAUUGCAGUAUUACAUUCAGUAUUUAUUUUCUCCAAAUAACUUGUGACCUCUUUCUUGCACAUUAAUUACCCAUUCAUAAUUUAAUAAAUAUUGAACGUAUAUUUUUUGUUUACUUAUGUGUUCUAUAGUAUGACCACCAUUAAAUGAUUUUGAUAGACUUCAAUAACAUAACCUAACAUUUUAUCAAACUUCAAUAACAUAACCUAGUGAAGUAUAAAUACAUCAUCUGCAGUUUUAAUAAAUUUUUUCUAAUAUUGAACUGUAGCCAUUUGGAGUGUACGAAGGGAACUUGAACAUGAUCGAGUAAUUAAAUGCUCCUGUUAAGCAAGGUGCUGAUCAAUUUGACGCUCCUAGUUGUGAUUCUUGUUCUGUUUUACUGCUAUCAGACGUCAAAUGGUACACGCUGGAUACUGCACAGAGUCCAAGAAAAUGCUUCGACCACCGAGUCGACAAAUAUUCAUGAAGAUACCAUUACGACGACAGUGUUCUUUCCAGAUAAAAAAGAUUACUAUAAUGUCUGGUGUAUAUUCACCAAAGUAGAUAGUAACUCUCCAAUGCGACGAAAAUUUGAGAUCUUUGCAGAGUCUUUAAUCAAACUAUCCUCUGUUAACAUUGCAUUCCACGUUAUAACUGAUGAUGAUAGCAAAAAUGUUACAGAGAAAGUUUUGGCAAAUAUUCUCUCAUCCACAGGCAAAUUUAUGAAGGUGCAAUAUUAUGAUGUACAUAAACUAGCAUUGCAAUUGGAAGACAUUGUGUCUGUCAUGUCUCCAUACUUCAGCAGCAAACCAGGAACCUACUAUUCAGAUGCAUUAUUUUUCCUAUCCCUAGGUUUACAUCGAAUAGCUCCAGCUGAACAAAGUGUUGCAGCAAUGUUUGAUGUUGACACCAAAUUCCGCAAAGACAUCAAGGAGCUUUUUGAAGAAUUCAACUCUUUUGGAAGUCAAGCACUAUUUGGUCUGGCCCCAGAGCUCACUCCAGUUUACAGACACGUUUUGUAUUUGUAUCGUAGCAAACAUCCUAACACAUUAUUUGGAGAACCUGCGAGUUCAGGUGGUUAUUGUGGAUAUAACAGUGGAGUGGUACUCUUUAACCUUGACAAAUUAAGGAAUUCUUCUGUUUAUGAUGCAAUUGUGAAAAGAGAAAGUGUUGAUGCAAUGACAAAGAAAUAUCAUUUUAAGGGUCACUUAGGAGAUCAGGAUUUUUAUACCAUCUUAGGAAUGGAAAAACCUGAAUUAAUUCACACUAUUGAUUGUGGAUGGAAUAGGCAGCUGUGUACAUGGUGGAGGGACCGUGGAUAUGCAGAUAUAUUUGAAGAAUAUUCAAAGUGUGAUUCAGAAACAAAAUUAUGGCAUGGAAAUUGCAAUGCCCCCAUACCUAACGAUUAAUCAUAUCCGCAAUAUCUAAGAGCACAAACUAUAACUAUUGUUUGCAAAAGUUUAAAAGCAGUACCUGUUGUUAUUUGAACAUGUUAUUAACCUUAGAAUCUGUGAUUCUUCAGUGGCAAUACAUAUCUUCCAUCACAGUAACAAUAUUUAA